ACAUUCCACUUCCAUCUUCUCCACGUUUGCUCUGAAGGGAAACUCUGGUUAAAACACCAUGGACAGGGAACAAGAAGAGAUGCAGUUUCUGGGGCUCUUUGGAAUCUACAAAGAAUCCUGCAAGGUCAUCUACUCAUACUGGAAGAUCUUCGCCAAGAUCACCCUCUGCCUAAUCCUCCCUCUCUCCUUCAUCUACCUUGCUCACAUUGAAGUCUCCAACCUCCUCCUAAGCAAGAUCAUGUUCACCGAGCUACGUCGGGACUUCACUCCAGUUGGCACCUCUCGCUACCACAGGCUUUCCGAUCUUCUCUCAAAAGAAUGGACUUACUUCAUCCUCUUCAAAGUUGUCUACUUCACUUUCUACCUCAUCCUCUCUCUCCUCUCCACCUCUGCUGUUGUGUACACUGUUGCCUGCAUCUUCACCGGACGUGAUCUUACCUUCCGUAAGGUCAUGACCGUUGUUCCCAAGGUCUGGAAGCGUCUCAUGAUCACUUUCUUAUGUAUCUUCAUUGCCACAGUUGCUUACAGCAUGGUAGCAACUUUAGUUUUUGUUUCUAUUGAUUAUUUCCUUGGGGGAACUGCCGCCACCGUUCCGCUGCUCAUUAUCUUUCUCAUCCUGUACACCGUUGGGUUCAUCUACCUGAGCGUAGUCUGGUACCUGGCCUGCGUUGUAUCAGUAUUGGAGGAGUCAUACGGCCUAAAAGCCAUGAUGAAGAGCCGGCAGCUGAUCAGGGGCAAGCUUAUAAUUGCCAUGGUUAUAUUUUUCAUGCUCAUUCUCUCUUUUUUGUUAGUUCAAUACGCGUUUCAGAUGCUGGUGGUGUAUGGACGUUGGGGAUUGGUGCCCAUGGUGGACCGGGUGUCGUAUGCAAUCCUCUGUUUCUUGGUGCUUUCUAUGUUGAAUCUGUUUGGGCUGGUGAUCCAGACAGUGAUCUACUUCGUCUGCAAGUCCUACCAUCAUGAAAACAUUGAUAAGAUGGAGUUAUCAAAUCACCUGGAGGUUUAUUUGCUAGCAGAAUAUGUUCCAUUGAAGGGCAAGGAUGUUCAACUUGAGGAAUACCGGGUUUGAUUGACUUUGAUGUCAAAUUGAUAUUAUACAAUAAUCUGUAAUACUCUGUUCUGAUGAACUAUGUUUGUGAUUAGUCAAUGAAUCAUAAAUGUCGAUACGUAAUCUGCUUAUAUAAUAUUAUUUGUGUACCAAAGGCCCCUAACAUGCCUUUCUCAGAUGAUAUCUUUAUUAAUAUUUAUUUAGUUAGUGAUUUAAAUAACAUUAAACAAUUAGA